CACAUACACACAUAUACAUACACACACCUCCACCAUGUCUGUAGCAGGACCGCAAACGCAGAGCAAGGGUGGUGAACAAGUACUCGUCCCGCGUAUUCUCCAUACCACCGGCCCGCUUCAAGCUAACAGCCUCGUCCUCCUUCCUCCGUCCAAGAAGUCUGCAUCAAAGGUGGUAGCUGGUGAUGGAGGUGGCGAAGUGGCGGCCUUUCGUGUGACGGCCAAGGGCAUCGAUAUGGUGUUCAAGGCAAACCUUCCAGAUGCUUCCUUUCGUGUCCUCGUUCGUGGUGGCAAGCGUGGUGCUGGUGAUAAGAUCUUUGCCGCAACGGGCUCAAAGGUCAUCGGUCUCUCGCGCAAGGGCAAGCCGUUCUUUGAGCUGGAGACCAAUCUGACCGAGCCUGUUGAUGCUCUCUUUGUCGAGGACAAUGUCAUGCUCACAGUCUCGGAGCAUACCCUCUCCUGGUUUACCGCUGAUGCUGGCUCGGCCACUUACGACUCGUCAGAGUCACUGCUGGCCGUCGCUGGUGCCGUCCUCGCUUCGGGCAUGCACGCCAUCGCGGGCUGUGCCGAUGCCUCGCUGCUGCUCUUCCAACGCCCGCCCCUGGCAAGCCGACGCUUGUUUCUUCUGCCCGCCUCGCCCUCCCUGCAGUGCCAUGCGCGCUAAUUGCGGCGUCACCGCCACGGCCCGGCGCGCUCGACUCGCGGCUCCUGGUUGGGUGCACCGACGGCACGCUGUGCGCCGUCGAUCUGGCCCCAGAGAGCAUGACGCUGGCGUGGGUGGUGGCGCCGGGCGAGGAGACCGGGGCGCCGGCGUCUGCAGCACGGUCGCUCUCCUCGUACGACCUGCUCAACGUGCCCGGCUCGCGGCAGCUUGUGGUCGGCUCGGCCGACGGGCACAUUGUGGUGUACACCAUGCUGGCGGCGGCGCCCAACACGCCGCCGACGCGAGUUCUCGGCACUGUCCUUGACGAGUCGGUCUCUGCCGUUGUCGGCGGAGUGGUCGACACGGAAGAGUUUGUGCCGACCAUUGUGGCGGCCACGUUUUCGGGCAAGAUCAUGUCGCUGACGCCUGCCGCGGCGGCGCCCGGCUUGAGGCUGCUUGCGCAGUCGGGGCCGGGCCGGCCGUCGACGCCGACGGCGCUCGGUUCCACCAGCUUUGCUGCCGUCGAGCCGUCGGUUGUCUCGGGCUCGCUCUCGGCGGCGCACAAGGCCAAGCUCAUCGAUGGGCUGGAGAAGGAGCUGGUGGCGCUGCGCUUCCGCGCCCGCGAGGCCCACAUUAAGUACGUCAAGAUGGCCGGCACCGAGCUGCCAGUCGUCCGCCCCGCUCUCUCGUCGGUCAACACCUCACUGCAACUCGACACCUCACACGCUGCGUACGUGCUCACUGUCGAGUCGGCAGCCAUCCUCGACUCGGUCCUUAUCCAGUCCGACGUUCCGCUCGAGAUCUCGCACCUGGCUCUGCCCGGUCGGUCCGGUGCGCCGGCGCCGGUCAUCUCCCGCACCUCGCCGCCGCCAGGUGGCGCCGCCAAAGUUCUCGUCACCUUUGACCUCAAGCACACCGAGCGGCGGCUCUCUGCUCUUGUCCGCUCCAUCGAGGGUCAGUCCGGCACUCUCAAGGUCUACGCCGUCAUGGCCUCCGAGGUCAAGUCCGCCAUCCUCACUCGCCUUCCCAUCAAGCCGCUCUCGCUCCACGCCCGCGUCCCCUCGCUUCCGGUCCCGCUAGACCCGACCAUUGCCUCGUCGCUGGCGCUCUCUGGCGACGUGGCGCUCUCGCAGCUCUUUGCCUGGGUCUCGCUCGCCCUCCCCAACAUGCCCGACCGGAUGGGCUCGGUCGCUGACGGCUCGCUCACGUACUACUUCAAGUCGGUCUACCUCGGGACGGCGCUAGUGGUCGAAAUGGGCCCGCGACCCUCGACCUGGGCCCGCUUCACCUCAGAGUCGCCGUCGACCAUCUCCAUCCUCAGGGAGGUUAUCGCCCGCGAGGCCAACACCCGCUCGCUUCAGCUCUCGAUGCAGGUGGAGAUGGGUGCCUCGGCCGUCUCGCACGUCCUCAACAUCAUCCGCCCGCGCCUCGAGCAUGUCCUCGCCCUCUCGCACAAGAUCGCCAUGCUCGAGGGCCUCAAGGAGCUGGCCGAGGCGCCCGACCCCAAGCUUGAGCCCGAGCUCGCCGCCACUGCCGCAAAUGCCGACGCUCUCCGCACAGAGUGGAAGGACCAGGCUUCGACCGCAGAUUUUCUCCUCGGCGUCCUCACCGACCUCUACAUCGACCAGGCCAAGUUCCGGGGCAUCGACGGCCGCGAGUCGGUCAAGGCUGUAGUUGCCGCCGCCACCGAGGGACGCUGGGAUGAUGUCUAUGCCGCUUGUCCGUAGACUUGUCCCUCUGCUACAUCCCCCCCCCCUUGUAAUGACCAUCAUCAUGCCCCCA